AUCUCAAUAAAAGGUCGUCGUCUCUAGGGGAAGAAACUCUUCUAUUUGUAAAAUUGUAUUAAUAAUUUUGUGUUGUCAUUGAUAGAAAAAAACGUAACUACGAAAAAAGCAAAAUCCUAGAAGGGGAAGAGAGGCGAAGAACAAUAACGCAUUUGCUGUGGUGUUUUAUAACCAAAAUUUUAAUAUACAACAUACUAUAAAGAAAUAUAGCUCGAAAAUAACAAAGAAUGGUUACACCUCAAUCGCCCACUCGCAUGUUUAAUGGCCUGGAUGAAGACAUUUAUAGCGAGUAUGCCCAUGAAAUAAACGAUAAAAUGCGGGUGCCCAAACGCAUCAAAGCCACAGGAGAAUAUUCGGACGAAGAUCGUUUGUUAUCCAAUCAAAAUGGUAUGAUGAAUUCCUGGAAUUAUCAUGACAAAAUUGACAUGAAUGUACCGGAUCGUAUUGUGGUGUUGGGACACAAUGAACAUCUCGAAACAAGAUCGGCGCCCCGUGAAAUUCAAUUGGAAAAUGCCAUUUUACCCAAGAACACAUCAGGUUUUGUGAGGGUUCAAACUCCACCACGCACAAUCACUUUAACUGAACAUCACUUUCCCACGGCCUCAGAGGAAAGUUCGCCAAAGAAGCUAUUAAAUGGAGAUGAUUUGGAUGAAGAUUUCGAAGACGACGUUGAACGUCCACCGCCAUAUGUGAGGGCAAACGGUGUUUCGCAUGCUUUAAUGGGUUUUCAUCCGAAUGAUUCAAAUUCCGUGGAAUCCGACUCUCAGAUGACAACCGGUGGUGCUAGUAAACGUUCGCAAGCAUUGAUGUACAAUGCAAACGAUACUUCCAUCAUGAAUAAUCGCGAAGGUACCCCCAUCGGUGAUUUGACACCGCACGAAGAAAUUCUCUAUUUAAGGCGUCAGUUAGCCAAACUAAAUCGUCGUGUUUUAAACAUUGAAAUAAACAACGAACAACGCUUGCAAAGAGAAAAGAUUGUCUAUUGCCUGGGACUGGCUUAUUUCGUACUUAAGGCCAUUAUGUGGAUAAAUCGUAAUUAAGUUUCAUAUUGCAUCAAUGAGGAGGUUCAUUCAUAUAAUGAUUAGGGAAGAGGGGUUAUGAAAAAAACCAACAAAACAAAAAGCAUGAAAUAACAAGGUGCCACAUAGGCUCCAACGAAAAAAAAAACAGAAAUUUUGAAUGAAAUUUGAUCUACUAUGUACGUAGGAUGACAAGAUCAUUAAUUGAAAUGGUCCAUAUAUACUGAAGGUGCCGGUGCCUGUGAGAAUUUGAAAUAAUCUCUUCAUUAACUAUACAAAAAUAUCUAGUAGACGCACCUUUUCAAGAUGAAGAAACAAAAACUUAUACUAUAGAGCAUAUAAUAAUGAUGCAAAAAAUAAAAUACAAUACCAAACACUCACGUUCAUUAAGUCGUCACCUAUUACGAUUCGAAUCACUCAAGAGGAAAGUGUAAUUUGUUUGUUAUGCUAUUAAAAAUUAUAUAUAUUUAAGUAUGUUUUAAUAUUUAAUUAAAUUUAUUUUUUUUUUCAUAAUCUGUUCAAUAUCAUCAUUUUUAUAUGCGAAAAUGCCCAUCCAUCUAAUAAUUUGAAAUGUUACAUAAAAAAUUUAAUUUUAAUUUCAAUCUUAUUAAAUCUCUUUCAACGUGUUGAUUUUACUGUGCUUCUUUUUUUUAGAAAAAAGCUAAAUUAAGUAUUACUAACACCCUAUCCCUCAAAAGAAAGAGUAAUUCUUUCUCUCAUUGUUUUGCCUGCCCUUGUUAUCAAACUUUCAAAUUUAUGUUAGUAUGAGUGAAAAUCUAUCGAAUGAAAAUUAUAACUUAUUCAAACUGUUGGCUUGUUUAUUAUAUUUUUUCCAUACAAACAAGAAAUGUUUGUAAAACAAUAUGUAAGAAAUAAAAACAUACAUUUAAAACAUACUAUAUACUUUAGUUAAAAUAGUUAUGAAGUUUUUAUUAAAAACUGUAAUUUUUAUUUACAAUAAUUAUAAUAAAACCCAUGUCCAAAAAUACACCACCAUUAAAUCGACUGAUUUCAUUUAUCUACAGCCCAAUUCUUAAAAUUCCAUGAAAUGAACUAAAUUUCUCUCUCUCUCUGGAAUUAAAUCCUCCAAUUCUGAUUGAAUGGGGAGAGCAAAAAUAUGGGAAAGGGAAUUUUGAAUUUUCGAAUACAGCUGUUUUGCCUCAGCUGUUUUAUUUUGAAUAAACAUUUGACUAUUAUUUUUUUCGGAAAAUUAACAUAAAAUGGAAAAAUGAGCAACACGAAUUAAUAAAGGUUGGUAAAAAAGUUUAAAAACAUUUAA